AACAUGUGGCUUCGGGUGUUGUCAGUGGCGUUGGUGUUGUCAGGGGCGCUGGUGGCAGGCCAGAUAGUGUUCCCCGAGAAUGAGGACCUGGCAGCGGCGGCAGGAGCGGCAGGAGGGAAUCCCACGAGGGUCAUUAAUUCUCAAGGUCCCAGCGUCGACGCCCGCCAGCAGGGCAACGCCAACAUCUUCUUCCCGAAGAGCGAGGAGCAACAGCAGAUCCUGUGCAUCACGUACAAGAACGAACAAGGCAACUGCCGCCUCUUGGCGCAAUGCACCACCUUCUUCGCCGAAAUCGCCGAACUGUCUCGCUCUCCUUGCACCAUCAACGGCGAGCAGCAGGGCGUGUGUUGCCCGCCCACGAAGCAGGCCACGACGGACAUCGGCGUCCUGAUCAGCAAGCAGCCGACGCCCCUGACCGAGCCUGUGCCGAGCCUGGAGGUGCGGCAGCUGAACCACGCCUGCGAGAUGGGCAUCAGCCAGAUCACGGCCAAGGAGGCCUUCGAGGACCAGCUGCUGAAGAAUAACAUCGUGGCCGAGAAGGGGUCACCGGUGGCCUUACACGCACAGCUGUUCCAGACCUCAGACAAGAUCGUGAAGAAAUCUAAGGAAGCGGAGAUGAACGUCGCAGCGAGCGUCAACCUUGUGAAACAAUUUAACCUGACGAAGACCCAGGGAGGUUUCGGGCUGCCCAGGUUUGGUGUCCAGAAUACCAUCAUCGCCAACACGUGCCCUCAGGAGCCCCUGUGCCCCGAUACCAAGUACCGGGCCUUGGACGGUACCUGCAACAACCGCAGGAAUAAGGAAUGGGGCAAAGCGGGCACCGCCUUCCAGCGCAUCUUGCCUCCGGACUACCACGAUGGCGUAAACAUGCCCCGGCAGUUCUCCGUGACCGGGUCCCUCCUGCCUUCCCCGCGCUCGAUCUCGUCAAGUGUGAUCGUCGACCGCGAUGCCCGCUACGACAACUUCACGAUCCUCAUCAUGCAGUGGGGGCAGUUCCUCGACCACGACAUCACCCACACGCCCAUCACGAAGGGGAAGGACAAAUCCGACAUCACGUGCUGCAAGCGAGGGCAGCGCAGAGAGCCCGCGGAACUGCACCCGGCCUGCUUGCCUAUCGAGAUCCCAGACACUGACUCCUUCUUCAGCCAGUUCGGGCAGCGUUGCAUGGAGUUCGUGCGGUCGAUGCCAGCCGUUCGCCCCAAGUGUAACUUCGGGCCCAGGGAGCAGAUGAAUCAGAUCACGUCGUUUAUUGAUGCAAGCAACGUGUACGGAUCGACGGAGGAGGAAGCGAGGCCCCUGAGGUCCUUCGUGGACGGGAAGCUGAAGGUGAAGACGCAGGACGGGAACGACCUCCUUCCGCCGCACAGAGAGGAAUGCACCGACGCCUCCAGGCAGUUCCAUUGCUUCAAAGCGGGCGACAGCCGCGUGAACGAGCAGCCCGAGCUGGCCGUGAUGCACACCGUAUGGAUGAGGCAGCACAACCGCAUCGCCGAGGGCCUGAGGAGGCUCAACUCCGGCUGGGACGACGAGGUGCUCUACCAGGAGGCGCGCAGGAUCGUGGCCGCGCAGAUGCAGCACAUCACCUACAACGAGUACCUGCCCAUCGUGCUGGGCCGAGAAUUCAUGGAAGUGUUCGGACUCGUGCCCCAGGAGUCUGGCUACGCCUCCAACUACCGCGACGACAUCGACCCGAGCAUCAACAACGCCUUCGCAACCGCUGCCUUCCGAUACGGACACACGCUCAUUCACGGCACCAUGGAAGGCUACAGCAAAUUCGGCACCAUCGACCGCAACCUCCGCCUGAGCGAGCACCAGUUCUCCCCCUUCGUGCUGUACCAGAGGGACGGCGUGGACUCCCUUCUGCGUGGCCUCUCCAUCCAGGCCAGCCAGAAGUUCGACCAUUUCUUCAGCGAGGAGGUAGGCACGUGUGUGUGUGUAUGGCAGCUUCUGGAGCGCCCCCUUGACCUGGAUACCUUCAACUCCCUGCCCAAGGUCAUGCCCGGCUUCUGGGAGGUCGGCCUGCGCCUGAGCAAGCCCACGCACUGCCCGGUCGCGUUUAAGCAGCAGACGGAGGUCAAGAUCUCAGCCUCGACGCUCAUCAGAUACAAAUAUAAGUUCUUCCCCUCGAACGAGACCGAGGACGCGUGCAUCAACCAGUGGGUGUUCUGCACUCUGAAGGAGGACAACGCCGUGGGCUCUUUCAUCGUGGUGCCUCCCGAGCCCUCGGAGUACGUCCUCAAGGUGUACGCCGGUCCCGAGGAGCUGCUCGACGACGAGAACGCGGCGCUCGACCACGCCGUGACCUUCCUUCUGAUCUGCGAGAAGGCGCGGCGCCACCCUGUCCCCUGGCCGCUGCACGACGUGGCCUGGGGCCCGACGCCGCGCCUGUACGAGUGCGGCCUCGACCCCCUCAACCAGAGCGGGCCCGUCAUCAUCACGUGGGGCGGCAAGAAGCUCAUCUACUUCGAUAAGGCCUUCGAAGUCCUCAUCAUGUUCCAGGUUUUCGACGCGGAGGGACAGAUGCUCGAGGUCAAGGGCAUCAUAGGCAAAGACGAGACGGAAGAACAGCUCCGCCUGGCCAUAGUUCCUCCUGGUAUUGGGUACUAUAAGUUUCUUAUGUAUGGCAUUCCUCGUCCGCAGAUACAGAGGCUUUUCAACAAACUCAGGCUCACUCUACUAGGCUUUUCAGCACCCACUGAUGGCACCUCUUCGUUCUCUCUGGCGCCCCAGGUCCGAGGCCGCUGGAGGCUGCCCCUCCUCGCCUGUUACCUCAUCGAGUGCAAGAUGAACCUCGGCCACACCACGGAGGGGCAUGAAAAGAAGAAGUCGAAGUCACGGAAGAUGAAAAUAGCGGUUAGAAGCACAACUGAGGUUCGUUGCUCGACAGCCUUUCACACGCGCAAACCAAACGUUGGACAAUUAAGCCCCGAACACAAAAGUCAAGAUGAGUCUGACUUUCAUCGAGCCGCUCGACGAGCGCGCUCUACAACCAAAUAUCCCGUUCACACGGUCGAACAUCACUUCAAACAUGUGGUUGUCGAACCUGGCUCGACGAGCCACUCGUCCGUGUACACCCCGCUUAAAAGCUGA